GAUAACUCUUUUUACGAGUUGCUACUACGCAGCAUGAUGACCGCGGGCUGCAGCAGCCCAGCCGUCAUCGGAAAGGGCAGCACUUUGCUGCUCGUCUCGCCCCAUUUGCGAGCUCCAUUGCUGCCCACAGAGGUGCCGCCUAGUGGGUUGAUCAGAGAGCCGUUGGGGUGGCAUGGCCCGGGCCAGCAAUCCCACGGACGACGUCGUCGCCGCGAACGACCGGAAUCACCAGGCACUAGCAGACUCCCUACUAGCGCCCAUGGCUUGGGGCUGGGGCAGCGGCGCUGAGCUCGACGAGGCUCCUGCGCAGCCCGGCGACACCCUGCGGCCGGGUCACGCCGCGCGGCCAUUGCUGCGACGGCUGGAAAAGGCACUGCAGCGCCGGGAGGCUCGGCCGUGGCCGCCGUGAGCUGGUGUCCCCAGCGGCUCCUGGGCAGCCAAUAACAAUGAGUGACGGCGCCGACGCCUCGGGCGCGAACCCGCAAAUGAUGGCUUCGCCCUGGGCCAUGCUCGGCCUCCACAACGCGACGUACCGCGAGCGCUGCACGGCGACGGUCGCCGACACGCUCGUCAAGGACGACGAGGACGGCCGCUGGCUCUUCACUUCCAAAAGAGGCGAGGUCCAGCGCAAGAAGAGGACGAGCCCCGCCCAGCAGGCGAAGAUGAUCCAGGAGCGCUUCGUGCGCCUCGGGCUCAUGGGCGACGGCAACCCCGAGGGCUUCGUCUGCUGCGUGCGCCGGGCCGACGGCGGCUUCAAGUUCCUGGGCGAGCGCGGCUUCGCGAAGCUCGGCGGCGCGCUGCCCGCGGAGCCGGACGUCGUCGGGAUUCAGGCCUACGUGCACGGCAAUUAUUACAGGAACGCCUACGAGCGGCCCCAGGGCACGGGGCGCAUCAAGACCGCGACCGUCGUCGUGCCGACGCGCCCCGACGACUCGAAGUUCUCGCAGCACGGCGCCGACGGCCCGGCCUUCGUCGACGGCCCCGACGGCGAGAAGUGCAUAAACGUGCCGGGGAAGCGCCUGCGGGCCUACGGCAAGAGCCGCGCGACGACGCUCAACGAGACGCUCGACGCAGCCACGCGGUCCCUCGUGCGCUUCCUCGAGAAGACGCAGCACUGCCGCGUCGCCAAGCUCACCGCGGACUACGUCGUCGACGGCCGGAACCAGCUCUGGCUCGUCUGGCUCGGCGACUGUACGCACAUCCCGGUGGAGGUGCGACCGGCGUCGUCGCGGCCGACGGACAAGGCCACGGCGCCUUCCAUAGUAGACGGCGCCGCGCUCGAGCAGGUCAUGGACGUGACGAGCCGCGUCGACACCACGAGCCGAGGCGAGCGCCGCCGCAAGCGCGACGAGUUGAAAGCGGGCGCGCCCGUCACGUCCGAGGACGAGGCCCGGCAGUGGAGCGUCAAGUUCGGCAGCGCCACGCCCAAGUCGCCGGAGAUUCCCAAGAACCAGCGCUGCGUCGGCGACUACUGCCACGUGCAGAUCCACGACCCGAAGCAGCUCUUCACGGAGGAGGAGAUGCGCGCCUUCACGGGGAGCGACGUCGACGCGCUGCGGAGCCUGGUCCGGGACACGUACGCCGAGGGGCCUACCACAGAAGUCGCGUUCCGGUCCAUCUACUUGGCUGGAAGGGAGAAGCGCGGCUUCAAGGAGGGCCAGGAGCGGCGGGACGACGACGAGCUCCCGGAGUGGAUGCGCUUCCCCGAGGACCCGUCCGACCAACAGCUCGCGGACGCGAUCGCGCUCGCGCGCGAGGACGUCGAGGAACCGUCGGACGACGACGAUAUGGUCCCGCGGGAGUCCGAGAGCGCCGCGGGCGUCGAGCGGCGGCGCGCGCGCCGGCGCGAGAACCAGGCCCAGGGGCUGACGGCCGACACGGACGCGUCGCGCGCGCGGCGCGACUGGCGGGCGCAGCGGGGCGAGCUCGAGGGCGGCACGGCGAACAUGUAUAAACGGUGCCGCGUCUGCGCGCACUGCGCCUCGAUGUACGCGCUGCUGGACAAGGGACGCGAGAUCCUCGCCAAGGACGCUUCUGCGGACGAGGCCGAGGCCCGGAAGAAGGCGCGCGCGGAGCGGCGCGCGCUCGUCCAGUUCGCCGAGGAGCCGGAUCAGCCGGACGCGGCGACGGGCUUCCGCGACGCGCUGGCGCGGCGGGUGGGCACGCCCGCCGCGGCCGCGGAAACUCGCGUCGUGGAGGCGCCGCAGCAGGUCAAGCGGCCGCCGCCCGUCAAGAACCACAAGUCCUGGAAGGGCCGGCUGCCCGAGGCCGAGCUCUACGGCGCCGACGCGCCGGCGUCGGUGCUCGACCAGAACCAGAACGAAAAGUUCGAGAAGCUCGACGAAUAUUUGCGGGGCACGUCCGACGCCGCGGCGCGCAAGGCCGAGGCGCGCGCGGCGGCGCUCGCGCGGUCGCGGGCGGCGCAGCUGAAGCUGGCGAGAGAGGAGGGCUGCGAGAGCUCGGAUUUGUAUUUCGGGCGCGUGCUCGUGGUGGAAGCCCGGGGCUCGGCGGACCUGCCGGACUGCGUCGAGACGUUGGAAGGCGCGGGCUUUGUCGUGGACGUGGAGCUCGACGUGCAGCACGCGCGGGAGAUGCUGGCGGCGGCGCACGGCGUCGACGCGGCGCCGGGCUGGCAGUACGAUGCCAUCCUCGUGAGCGACGUCCUGGAUUUAGGUGAUGCGUUCGACGUCGUGGGCGAGGUGCGCGACCUCGAGAAGCAAAGACGCAAGCGCGAGUCGGCGAAGCAGGUCGCCAAGGCCAAGCGCGCGGCGGCCAAGCCCGGGGGCAUGAACGACGACAACGACCGCCUCAAGCCGGGGACGUUCAUCCACCUGCCGGUCGUCGUCCUGAGCGCGCGCACGGCGCCCGAGGACCUGCGGGCCUACAAGGCGGCGGGCCUCGACGGCUGCAUCUCGCGGCCGCUGCAGAAGGCGGCUUUAUUAUCCACGCUGCGCGCCGCGGUGCCGCGCCACGGGCGCCAGCUCCUCGGCGACCUCGCGCAGCCGAAGCGCGGGGCCCAGCCGGCGCACGGCGAGCCGGCGAGGGACCGCGGGUCGAACGCGGCCUUUGUGUCCUGGAGCGUGCGGCUGACGGGCCUCGAGCCGGACGACUUCGACCAGGGGACGCGCAACGCCUUUUGUGCGGAAGCGGCGACGCAGCUGGGUUUGGGAGUUGACAGGGUGGAGAUCCUCGAGGUCACGGCGGGCUCGGCCAUCCUGAGUUUAAGAGCCACGGGCUUCGAGAGCGACGAGGCCGCGCGGGCCUUUGGGCGGGCGCUGCGCGCGCGGUCGCAGCUCGUCGACGAGGAGAACUGGGGCCGCCAUUUGAUAGAUGGCAUCGAGAUCACGGUGUCGACGGGCCAGGUCGAGGGCGUGCUCGAGAAGCGCUCGGGCGCGCGCGCGGAGGCCGCCGGCGCCGGCGGCGCGACGGGCAGCGCGGCGCUCGCGGCCAAGAGCCUGAGCCUGCCGGCGUCGUUCACGGCCGUCGACGGCUCGGUCGGCGGCGUGCUGCAGCUCGACGCGGACACGUCCUUGCCCUAUGUCGUCGUGGACUUUUCGCUGUCGAGCGAUGGGCGGAGACCGGCCCAGGCGGGCGAGCACCAGGCCACCUUUAAUCUGGUCGUGUGCCACGACUUCUUCGACACGUUUGAACGAUUGAAGAUCGUGCUGACGCCCAUCGCCGCGCGCUACCCGGGCCUGCAGGUGCUGCUGUGGAACUACCCGGGCCAGGCCUUUACGGAGUGGCGCGAGGAGCAGCUCCUGAACAACACCUUCCUGGCGUCGUGCCUGUCGGAAUUAUUGACGCACGCCGGCAAUCGGGGCACGAAGCAGUUCGACGACCAGAAGCCCUUCUUCCUGCUGGGUUACGGCUACGGCGCGUCGGUGGCGAGCUUCUACGCGACGCACUACCGGCAGCCGGCGAUGCGCGGUUUGGUGUUGUGCAACGGCUUUAGUUUCGUCGACCCGCACCUCGCGGGCGCGCUGCACGACGCCAUGAACGUCUUCAGCUGCGCGCCGCCGUCGCGGCCGGACCUGCCGGUCUAUUUUUGGUCGAGGUUCCUAUUCAGUAGGGACUACCUGACAAAGGUUUCCACACCAUUAGCGCUCAACUUAUAUACGGCGGUCCACAACCCGAUCACGCCGGAAGGCCGCAUGCAGCUGUGCGUCGGCGCGCUCGGGAGCCACGACGUGCGGCCCGCGCUGUCCUUGCUGGACCUGCCCUGCAUCGCCGUGCACUCGACGGAGGGCGUGCUCGUGAAGCCAUCGCACGCGCAGGCGUGGUCGGACCCCGCGCAGCAGCGGGACGCGUGCGCGACGAUCCACCGGGCCUUGAAGACGCGCAAGACCUGCGUCGUCUGGGUCAAGGCCGGCCACGAGCUCUUCCAGGAGUCGCGGAAGCAGGUCAGCGUGCUGCUCGAGCAACUCCUGGUGGGCUACCACGAGAUCAACGACGUGAGCUUCGUGACGGCGGACUUUGCCGACGGGCCCGCGGCCGUCGACAGGGCGGACUCGGAGCUGCGGUCCGCCGAGGUCGUGACGCCGCAGGUCGGCCACACGCCCCUCGCGACGGAUUUGGCGCGCGAGUCCGUCGGCCACGGCAACUUCGAGGACGAGUUCAUCGACAGCGUCCUGGGCAAGGUGCGCGACUCCAAAAUAGGGCACAACGCGGCGUACGGGGACCCGGACUGGGUCCACUUCUCGAACCUGUCGGCGGAGCGCGCGGGCGCGGCGCUGGGCCGGCGGCGCGCCGCGGCCGAGGCCGAGGACCCGCUCGCGUCCGUGAAGACGCGGAAGCGCCGCGACGACGCGCCGCUCAAGACGGUCCUCGACCCGCGGAACCCGGCCUUCGAGCGCCAGGACAACGUCGUCUACAAGCCCGGCGAGGGCUCGCACAUCUACCCGAACCCGCAGGAGUACCCCGAGGUCAAGGAGUACAUGGCCUGGCGCUUGAAACGGAACAAGAAGCGGCUCCAGCGCCUCGAGUUCGCCGCGAAGACGAUCCAGGCCUGCUUCCGGAACCACCUCGCGUGGACCGUCGUGCGGCGGCUGCGCGAGGAGCGCGCGACGGUCAUGCUGCAGCGGGCCUACCGGGGCUGGCGCGGGCGCCAGGCCUUCCUCGUGAAGAUGCGGCAGAUCUGGGCGGCGCACGUCAUCCAGCGGGCCUGGCGCGGCUUUAGCGGCAGGGGCUUCUUUACCCUUCUGAAGACGAUGCACGUCGCUGUGCAUCAAUGAAAUUUCACGGCGCCUUCGAAUCGUCGCGUCGACCUCCACGCCAUCGACGCGACGCCUGCUCGACUGCGUGGCGGUGCCGGUUCCUCACCGCUCGACCGAGUCAGCACGACCGCGUUCCCGUCGUGCACUCGACUCACUGGUUGAUUUGUGCACAGGCACGCGGCGGCGGCGCAGAUGCAACGGACCGCACGCGGCUUGCUGGCGCGGCUGCUGGUCCAGGGCAUGCAGCAGCGGCGGCACCGGGCGGCCACAAUGCUUCAAACGCUCUGGCGGCAGGUGACGGCGCGCUACGCGACGUUCGAGCUGCGGAACCGCUCCUACGCGGCGCGGACGGUCGAGCGCGCGUACCGCGGACACCUCGGAAGACGGCGGGCGCAAAACGAGAGGCACAAGUUCCUCUUCUCGAAGUCGCAGUCGCAGGGCAUCGAAUUUGGGAGACAAAUGCUUUUGGAGCACAAACUCCACGCGACCCGGCUCCAGAGCGAGGUGUCGCUGCUGACGCAGGAGAAGGUCGCCGCCGAGGAGAGCGUCGAGGCGCUGCUCGAGGAGAUAUCCGAGUUCGAGCAGGGCGUCGCGCAGCUCGAGAAGGAGAUGCACCAGCUGUCGAAGAUCGAGGCCGAGGCCGUCGGCGUGCUCGACGAGGAGGCAAAAUAUGAAUUAAGGGAGCAGAAGAUGCGGCUGGACCGGGAGUUCGGCGCGAUGCUGGCGAAGAUCGCGGAGCGGCGCGAGAAGCUGGGCGGUCUGGAGGGGAAGCUCGCGACGCUCGACCAUGCGCGCCAGGGCAAGGAGGAGCAACUGCGGACGCUCGAGCGCAAGCUCGUCGUCUUGUUGGAGGAGCAGCAGCGCGAAUUGCACAAGAUAAGACGGCGACAGGAGGCGCGGGGCGAUCUCCUCGAGCAGGCGCGCAAGGGCGACGCGAACGCGCUGGCUUUGGCGACGGCAGGCGGUGUGGGCGGAGGCGGCGGCGGCGGUUAUUCCGGCCCCUCGGUGGCGGAGAAGAAGCAGGCGGCGCAGCUCAUGCAGUCGACGGAGACGCUCAUGAAGUUCGGCUUCAUGUCCAUGAGCAUGACCUACUUCUCGUCGCUGAACAUGAUCCGGGCGAUGCGCACGGUGUCGACGCAGGACACAGUCAUGGCGGCGCUCCACCAGAACCAGGCCAUGGGCGGCGGGGGCGGCGCGGGUCCGGCCCAGAGCAUCGAGGGCGGGCCCACGGCCUACCAGGACAAGCUCGGCGGCGAGGAUUUCAAGCCGUCGCUCAAGCCCGGCCAGAUGCCAGGACAGGAAACGUUGAAGGUUUCUGCUUGGUCGGUUGACGACGUCGCCAGAUGGCUCCAGACGCUGUCGCUGGGCCAAUACCGCGAGGCCUUCGUCGACGCGGCAGUCGACGGCGCGUUCCUCUACGAUCUGGACGAUGACGAUUUGCGCAAUACGUUAGGUAUUGAGCUGUGUCCGACAUCGCCACGCCAUCGAGCAGGUGACGCGUCGAUGGCGUGGAGGAUGACGCGAUGAUUCAGCACGAACGCGCCGUAAAAUUUUGAUUUUCACAGGUAUCGAGCACCGCUUACACCGGAAGAAGAUUUUGAACAUGACUACCAAAUUAAGAGCGAGCGAACAAGAAAGGAACAAGCAAAUGCGCGUCUUCAUGCAGACUGGCCAGACCGGCGUGGCCGCCGCGGGCGCGACGCCGCUCGACCAGUACUCGAAGACCGGCGCUGCAGAGGGCGAGGAGGCGGCGGAGGAGGAGGAGAAGCCGCUCGACUUCGACGAGGUAAUGGCCUGUGUGAAGAACCGACUUCGCCACGCCAUCGAGCAGGUGUCGAUGGCGUGGAGGUCGACGCGGCGAUUCAGGACGAACGCGCCGUAAAUUUGAUGUCCACACAGGUCAUGGCUUUAGUAAGGCACGGCAAGGUCUCGCGCCUCAAGGACGCGCUGGCGCCGAUUGCCAAGAAGAAGUUCGACCCGGCCAUCGUCAAGGUGCCCUACGUCGAAGACUUUGGUACCGCCUACGUCGAUGCCUACGAACGUGAGACGUUCAAUCUCAAUAAGGUGAACGAACACGGUAACACUAUGUUACACGUAGCAGCCCAGAACGGAAACGUCAAGAUCGCGAAGCUCCUGGUCGAGAAGGGCGCCAACCCGAAUCACCAGAACAAGGGCGGCCAGACGGCUGGUCAUUUUGCCAACGCGUACCAGUUCUACGACUUUUUGUCGUGGCUCUUCGACCCCAACGGCGGCGGUGCGGACGACACGCUCGAGAACAUGUACGGGCUCGGGCCGUACGACGGGCUCUCGGUGGAGCUCGAGAACGGGUAAGAAGACUUUUGUGAA